AUGUCGAAUAAGAACAAAACUUCAGAUGGUGGUAUUAAGAAUAAAAGCUCGGAAACAUUGUGGAAGAAAGCCUUUACAGCUAAUGCUGAUUGGCCCGACAAGGAGGAAUUUUUAGAUGUUAUUUACUGGAUGAGACAGGCCAUUGGAAUUGUCUUAGGUCUGUGUUGGGGUCUAUUACCAUUGAAGGGAUUCAUAGGGUUGUUAUUAUUUGUGGUUGUGAAUGCUGCAGUAGUAUUUAUUUACGUUAACAAUUUUCAAAAUGUUGAUGAGGAAGAAUAUGGUGGUAUGUGGGAAAUAACUAAAGAAGGGUUCAUGACAUCUUUUGCUGGGUUUUUGGUGACAUGGAUAAUAACAUACACAGGCCUGCAUGGGAAUGAGAAUUUAUGA